AUGAACGAGAAGCCGCGGAUUCGCGCAGCUAAAGCUUGCAAACGUUGCAGUCAACGGAAGAUCAAAUGCGAUGCUGUACAGAAUGGUCUGCCAUGCAGUCGCUGUCGCAUGGAUCACGUAGCUGGUUGUGCUUUGAUUUCUUCGCGUCGGGGCACAUACGAUCGUAAACCUGCCCGCCUGCCACGCCCCGUGAAUGAAACGUCCCCCAUGAAACAGAUACAAAAGUCACUUCCGACAAAUGCAAUUACCAACCUAGAGGCCGAGGCUCCAGUAGCUACUACACCAUCGAGUACCUUUUCACCAGACUCUGCACCGGCAGAACACUCAUCGAAUCAUAACAGUGUUGAUCUAAUACCACCUCCUACAUCCGAUGAGCCCAAGCUUCCUCCCAGACCGGAAAGUGUCCUAGCCGCGACUCCGACAGAUUCAACUUCACGAUCAGUCUCCGCAAUGUUUGAGGAUUUCAUCAGCUGGAGAACGGAAAGGAAUAUGCCCCAGUGCGGCCUCAUCCUCCUUGGUGAAGCGUCACCCUUGACCUUUGCCUUGGAGGAAUAUCCCCAAGAAACAAGCCCUCCACUACACGAUGCCAGCGAUCAAAUCCGCGAUAGCGCGAACCUGGCAGUCAUCCAGCAAGAUAUUCACCCUUCACAUCUUGACGCUGCAGACAUUGCUUACCUCAAAGCAAAAAGCGCUUUCAUCAUCCCCCCUAAGGCGCUGUUGAACAAUUUGGUAUCGGCGUAUUUGACGCGCUUUCACUCGCUGUACUCUAUCGUCAACAAGUUAGAGCUUGAAAAAGUUCACAACGAGCAGAAGACACCUUGGCUACUGCUUCACGCUGUCUGCUUUAUUGGUGCCACGUUUUGCGACUCGGCUGUAAUACAUCAGUCCAAUUUCAGGUCGCGCCUUGAUGCACGGCGCCAUUACUACCAAAAGGCAAAACUGUUCUUUGAUUUUUGCUAUGAAAAGAACAAGAUCAUAUUAGCCCAGUGUGCAAUCAUGUUGAGCUUUUGGGGCCCGGAAACCCAUAGUCAUUGGAACCCCUGCUCCUGGAUUGGAUGUGGUGUCACAUUUGCUAUUUCAUUGGGCAUUCACCGAUCGGUCGCUUCCUCAGAUGCACCGCGGGGCGACAAGGGCCUUCUUCGACGACUUUGGUGGACCUUGGUGGUGCGCGACACAUAUUGCUCUGUACUUCUGGGAAGGCCAUUUCGUAUCAACUUGACACAAUCUGAUACAGAACUAUUGACAGCACAAGACUUUAUUCACGAAAACACAGAAGAGGGUUUCUAUCAAAUUCAGAUCGGCCGACUAUCGCUUUUCUUACGCCAGAUUUUGCAUUGUCGCUUUGGGCCUAGUAAUCCGUCCCUUACCCCGGCAAAAAUACAUGCGGAUAUCGAGCAGUGGCAUUCGGACCUGCAUCGUUCACCGCAAGACUGGGAUGGAAGAGGUGCACCGAUUGUAUACUCUAUUGCCUUGGAGCUUCUCUACAAUUAUUACUUGCUUUUAUUAUACAUUGAGACGCCAACUCCUCUCCAACCAGGAGAUUUUCCACCACAAUCUCCUGACCAACCACUUGGCGGCAUCGUCGAGUCCUCUGCUCGAACAAUUUCCUCCCAUGCCAUUACGCUUAUGACCAAAACUAACCUGUGCGAUUUACCACAUGAGCUUUUCCCGGCAUUUUUUGUGGCUGGCAUAGUACACUAUCGACAAACAAAAUAUCAGAACGAGCUAGUUUCCCACAUGGCGCGCGCCAAUUUAGACAACUGUCGAGUUGUCCUGAACGAUGUGAAAGAGUUAUGGGACCCUGCAAACUGGGCUAUGGAGAUAUUUGAUUUUCUAUGUACAAAUCAGAGAGAAAUGAUUACCGGACCUGCUCAAGUGUCACGAGCGCCAUACGAAAAUUGUCGGUCGAUUCCCAAUCGCCAAAGUGAUACCUCAACUCCUCAUGUCGCGUCAGAAAACCGGGAGUUCUCUGGGGAUUCUAACCAUCAUGCCUCAUUUGACCUGAGCUGGGACGUUAUUCAAGCACCAUUCACGGGUGGAAUGGAAGACUUCUUGCUUAUGCCAAACUUCCUCCCACCAGCCACAGACGAAUGGGCAGGUUAUCAGCUUUGA